AUGACAUCAGUCGCAACUUCUCGCCCAUCGUUAAGCUCUAACGAUGCGGCUGUCCUACAAGCUUUGUUUGAUGCCGAAUCUUCGCCCUCUUCCGGAGUCAAAGUUGACUCAUCACUCCCUCCAUGGCCAGCAACCGUGAACCUGUCACAAGAAGACCUACUCGCGGUUAAGAAUCGCGAAAUCGAAGUCAUUCGCGAGUUACAACCAAGCAUGAAUCCAACCCCCGAGAACGUACAAUCAGCCAUCAAUAAAUUCGAUGAUCUUCUUACUCAAUACCCAACUUACCCGCCCGCAUAUACCAACCGCGCCCAGGCCUUGCGCAUGCUGGUCGAUCUUCAGUCCAAAGAUACCAAUGAAAAAACCGAGACCGACUCAGACGAUGCCUUAUUCACACCGCAGGCUGCAGAUGUGUCUUCUCGAAUCUUAGCAGACUUGGGUCAAGCAAUCGCCCUCGCCACCCCCGCUUCACCAGCAGACCCGGUAUCAUCAGGACAAGCGCGGCUACUGGCUGAUGCGCACACCCACCGAGGAUAUUUGCUUUUGAAAGCAGCGCGAGUAAAGAAGAGUCAGACCUUGCAGGAUGAAGCUGUGGGUCCAGACCGCUUGCGAGGACUUGGGGCAGAUCAACUCGAGGAGAUGUCGAGCCGGGAUUUCUUUUUGGGAGGAAGAUAUGGCAAUAAGGUUGCGCAGCAACUAGCAGUGCAAACAAAUCCGUAUGCAAAGAUGUGCGGCGCGAUUGUUAAAGAGGCCAUGAGGAAGGAAUUCGAGGAAUUUGAGGGGCAAAUACAGCCCUCGACAUAG